AUGAGCAGAGCAUUAGCAGCGGGUCAGGUUGCCACUGCGCCUGACAACCUCUUCUUCUUUAACCCUAUCUACCUCUUCCAAGCUAUUCUCUCAUCAACGAUCCGCGAGCGUAUGCAUAUCGGAAUGGCCCAUUUCGUUGAUGAGCCGGCAGAGCUCUGGCACUCUACCGCCUGGGCCUCUUCAAUCCGCUACUCCUCCGGCGAGUUCCCGCGUCUCCCCGAAGGCCAGGUAGUCUUUCCGUCUGAUAUUGUACUAUACCAGUGCAACGAAGCUAUAUGCCGCUGCCACACAGACGCUGACAAAAAUCACAUCGGUCGCAUUCUCUCGUUUGGUAGAGACUACCGUAGCCAACGUGAGCAUCGUGGCCCUAUUGGAUCGGUCGUCGUCGAGGUCCAAAAGAUCGUUCCGUUCAUCGAUCUUAUGGAUACACGCCGGGAUCUCUUGCUCAUGAUCAUCAAGCUUGACCCUCUGCCAGAAAAUAAGGAACUAGUGAUCCUAGAGGAUGAUAUUUCUAUGGUUCUCGAGAGUGCUCUUACUCCAUAUACCUUCAACUUUGACAUCUUCCUUGACUAUGCCUUCGAGAGCAGCGUUAAGCUUAGAGACGACAAGAGCCAUAUUCAAGGCCAGCUCUUUAUCCGCCGUAUUUUCCGUGGGGACAAUAUCCGCCCUCUAAACCAGUCUAGGGCUAUCCGUGGCCAGAUAGAGAUAGCGGAAUAUGGUCGCCAGUAUCUCGUUGACAAGUUUAGCAAAAGUUCUAACAUUAUCUCUAUUCCCCUGCUCGCCUUUCUUGACGGGUUCGGCUUAUUUCGGAACAUGUACCGUACGAUUAUGGGGUUCUAUCUCUUAUUAGCGCCUCUCCGCAGUUCAGACCGUAAUAAGAGGCAGAAUGUCUUCCCACUUACACUCGGCCCGCAUGGCAGCAACUUUACAGAGGUUACCGAUGCCCUUAGAGGUAGAAUAACACAGCUCGAACGAGGCAUUGAUAUGCUUAUCACCGGUAAGCAGUUUACCGUCUGCGUCUCUGUUAUGGCAUAUAUUGGUGAUAUGCCCCAGCAGCAGACCAAUUCAGGCUUCCGAUCUGUCGCCGCCGAAUCUACUUGCAGGAUGUGUCUUGUCGAGACUGCCCAACGUGGCCUCCUUGAUUUUGAUAUCGAAGCCCGCGGCCGAUACCACUAUGAAGUUAUACGUCAGAGGGCUUCUAUCCGAAGCAGACCUAACAAGAUCCAGAGGAAGAUUACGGCCGAUAAGUUAGGUAUGGAAGCAGAGGACCCGGCAUUGAUGAAACUGAGUCCUGCUCUUGAUCUCGUCCUCUCCCGUCCUCCCGAUCCUUUCCACUCUGAACUCAAUGGCAUCACGAAGCUUACGCACCUUCUGUGGAAUGGAGAUCUCUUGACAAAAAAGGCCGCAGCCGAAUAUGAGCGUCAAACUUUCGAUACGGAUAUCAAGCGGUGCCGUGACAUGUUUAAGCGGCUCUGCAGAGCUGCUGCUCUUGCGUCGUCGAGUCGUCGGACAUCUGUUAAUCCGCCUGCCUCAGAUACUGCCCCCCAGGUAGGCGGAAAAUCAACUGCUAGCCAGAUAGUCGUCUCAUCGAUCGAGACGCCAGGGCCAAUGCAAGGACAGACAGCCAUAGAUGGUGCCCUCACCACAAAAAAGGCCAUCCAGUUCCAACGGGAUCAGCAGAGGCCAAAUGUCCAUAUUGGUUUACAUUUUCAAGAGGUUCUCCGUGAGUAUGCCAUCCCUGCUAACGCGGGUGUCCUGCCUGGUGAGAACAAGCAUAAGGAGUACAAGAAUGCCAUCCUCCUUACAAAUAAGCGCAACCCUGAGAAGGACCUCCUCUAG